AUGACGACGGUCAACCUUGUUCCACAGGAUUUAGCUGGAAGGCUUGAAUGGAUUGACCCUACGCAGUGUAGGUGUAGUUCAGAGCAGAUUCCAUGGCAUGAGAUAAGAGUGCUAACUUCAGUAGUGAAUCUUAGGAUUUGUGAAGGAGCAGAGAUCCCGCCCUUUAUUUAUUCAAACCGAGGGGGACGAGAUGGUUCACCCAAAGUAAGAGUGUUUGAUGAAUAUGGGGGGGAAGUCAGAAGCAUUCCAACAAGAGGUUGGGAUGAACUGGAUGAGACAGAUGCUGGAGAAGGGUCUGAGAGAGGAUCAGUAGCCCCCAGCUUUGUGCCUCGUAGAGAGGAAAAUAGAAAUGCUCUAGACUUCAGUGCUCCACAGCAGGAAGUGCCUGAAAGCCCAGAUGAUGAGUCUGAGUCAGAGGAUGAAGAACCUCUGAAGACUUAUUUUGGGAAAGAGAAACAAGGGGACCUAGGAGACUGCGAUUCAGAGAUGUGGCAACUGAGUCAGAUUAUCAGUCAGAGGAGGAAGCAGCUCAACCAGCUGAGAGAAGAAAUUGAGCAGGAACAGUUUGAGGAGAAGUGGCGUACAGUAGGAUCAUUAACAGCCUGUCAAGAAAUUGCUGAAAAAGGUGUAGAGGGAAUUCUAAGACACAUUUUUCAAGGUGUAAAGAGAAACGCCCUAGCAGGAGCGAAAGAGUUCCUCCUUUAUGGUCCAGAAACAUCCCCUGAAGAAUUAGAGAGGGCUCUAAUUCGAUAUGAUAGAAAGACAGAAAUAAUUCAGACAGAUAAGGAAAAAUCAGGUAGUAAAACUCAGAGGUCUAAAGAUCCACCGAGACGGUCAAGCCGUGAGAAGAAGCCCUACAACCGCUAUGAGGUGGAGGGUAAAUUCUCCCCUCACCCAGAGCAAAAACCAGAUAGGAACUGGAGAAAAGGGAGAGACCGUUUUAGCCCCAAAGAUAGCUCUCAUGGAGGGAGAAAGUAUAGGGACCAAUCAAAACCUAGAGACAAUAGACCUGAGAAUAAUAGAGAGAAAAGUAAUUACAUUACUCCAGAGAAAUGGAAUAAAUUAAGCUCAGAAGUGAGACAGCAGAUUAUGGAGGACAGACAGAAAAGCAGGCCUGAAGCCAGAAUAGGCAGAGUAAGAACAGCAGACACCAGGGCGGAAGCCAGUGUUGAGAAAGAGGAAGCUAAGGCCAAGAGAAAGAAGAACAAGAAAAAGGGCCCUGAGCUAACAGAAGCAUAG